ACACGAGUCAGUUCCGUUUCCCCUCUCCGCGUCCGUUCGCUGCUCCGCUCCUCGCUCUCUUCCUUCCACGCCAGCGAUCCGAAACCACCCUACAUCGUCGCAGAAGCUCCGGCGACCGUCAAAGAUGAGGGAGAUCCUCCACGUCCAGGGCGGGCAGUGCGGGAACCAGAUCGGGGCCAAGUUCUGGGAGGUGAUCUGUGACGAGCACGGCAUCGAUGGCACCGGGAAGUACACCGGUGGUACCGACCUGCAGCUCGAGAGGAUCAAUGUCUACUACAAUGAGGCCAGCGGCGGCCGCUACGUUCCUCGUGCUGUGCUUAUGGAUCUCGAACCGGGAACCAUGGAUUCCGUCAGAUCUGGGCCGUUUGGCCAGAUCUUCCGUCCCGACAACUUUGUGUUUGGACAGUCCGGUGCGGGGAACAACUGGGCCAAGGGACACUAUACUGAGGGAGCGGAGCUCAUUGAUUCGGUCCUGGACGUUGUGAGAAAGGAAGCGGAGAAUUGUGACUGCUUGCAGGGCUUUCAAGUUUGCCAUUCUUUGGGAGGAGGAACCGGGUCUGGCAUGGGCACCCUUCUUAUCUCUAAGAUUAGGGAGGAGUAUCCAGAUAGAAUGAUGCUAACCUUCUCUGUUUUCCCAUCACCAAAGGUGUCUGAUACGGUCGUGGAGCCGUACAAUGCUACUCUCUCAGUUCAUCAGCUUGUCGAAAAUGCUGAUGAGUGCAUGGUCCUUGACAAUGAAGCAUUAUACGAUAUCUGCUUCCGCACGCUGAAGCUUUCAAAUCCUACUUUCGGUGAUCUGAAUCACCUUAUCUCCGCCACAAUGAGCGGCGUCACCUGCUGUCUUCGCUUCCCCGGGCAGCUCAAUUCCGACCUCAGAAAGCUUGCCGUAAACCUCAUCCCUUUCCCACGCCUACAUUUCUUCAUGGUAGGAUUUGCACCCCUGACCUCCAGGGGAUCGCAGCAAUACCGGGCUCUGACAGUUCCAGAAUUGACCCAACAAAUGUGGGAUUCCAAGAACAUGAUGUGCGCUGCUGAUCCUCGCCACGGCCGUUACUUAACUGCCUCAGCCAUGUUCCGCGGGAAGAUGAGCACCAAGGAAGUCGACGAGCAGACGCUCAAUGUUCAGAACAAAAACUCUUCCUACUUUGUGGAGUGGAUUCCAAACAACGUCAAAUCCAGCGUCUGCGACAUGCCGCCUAAGGGACUGAAAAUGGCUUCCACUUUCAUCGGUAACUCGACCUCCAUCCAAGAGAUGUUCAGGAGGGUCAGCGAGCAAUUCACUGCCAUGUUCAGGCGAAAGGCUUUCUUGCACUGGUACACCGGAGAGGGUAUGGAUGAGAUGGAAUUCACCGAGGCCGAGAGCAACAUGAAUGAUCUUGUGGCGGAGUACCAGCAGUACCAAGAUGCCACAGCGGAAGAGGAGUACGAGGAGGAAGAAGAAGAGGAAGAAGAACCGACCGAAUAAGAACCAGGAACUGAAUUGAAGCGGCAGCAUGGCGUGGGGAUAAGAUCGUAGGAGCAGCUGCUUGUUUUUUUGCAGUUAAGAUCAUGAUAUCCUUGUUCCAUAUCGUUAUAAAGUUACUUUAAUAUAUUUUAAAUUAUUAAA